AUGCGUGCAGGAGCUUGUACAGUGCAACAGACCCUCACUUCAGAGGCUGCUUCAGUCUUGAAGCAUUCUCUCACCUUGGCUAGGAGGAGAGGCCAUGCACAGGUCACUCCUCUUCAUGUUGCUGCAACUUUACUGAGCUCAAGAGCCAGUCUUCUGAGAAGGGCUUGUCUCAAAUCUCAGCCUCAUCACCAAGUUUCAUACCAUCUUCAAUGCAGAGCUCUUGAGCUUUGCUUCAAUGUUGCUCUCAACAGACUCCCAACAACACCUAGCCCUCUCCUCCAUGGCCAACCUUCUCUCUCCAAUGCUCUGAUUGCAGCACUUAAAAGAGCUCAAGCACACCAAAGAAGGGGCUGCAUAGAACAACAGCAACAACAGCCUCUCUUGGCCAUAAAGGUAGAGUUAGAACAGCUUAUUUUGUCUAUCUUAGAUGACCCUAGUGUCAGUAGGGUUAUGAGAGAAGCUGGGUUCUCCAGCACUUCAGUGAAGAACAACCUAGAGGACUUUUCUUCAGCUUCUUCUGUGUUUUACAAUAGCUCUGGUGGGGUUUAUUCUACUCCUAGUUCUCCUCCCACUGAAAGUAUUCAUAGAGAAAUCAUCAACCCCAACAGCUUCUGGCAAACCAACUUCUUGACUCGCUCUUAUGAGCAAAACCCAUUUCUCUUCUCCCCUCAGAAGAAAAUUUUAAGCAAUCUUACCACAGAUUCAACCUCAGUUAAAGAAGAUAUCAAGUUGGUUUUCCAGGUCCUAUUGAGGAAGAAGAGAAGGAACACAGUCAUAGUUGGUGACACUUUUUCCAUCACUGAAGGCCUUGUUUCAGAACUAAUGAGUAGGAUUGAAAGAGGAGAGGUCCCUGAGGAAUUGAAAUCAGCUCAUUUCAUCAAGUUUCUGUUCUCAUCAGUACCCUUGAGCUUCAUGAAGAGAGAAGAAGUGGAGAUGAACCUCUCAGACCUGAAGAGAAAGGUAGAUUCUCUCUCAUCAGGAGGAGGGGGAGUCAUUAUCUAUACAGGUGACUUGAAGUGGACAGUUGAUGUAGCCGGUGGAGAGAGAGAGGGAGGGUUCUCCAAUGGAGUUGGGUUUGGUUAUAGCCCAGUUGAUCACUUAGUUGCAGAGAUAGGGAGGUUGAUCUCGGAGUAUAGCAGCUCAAACAUAAAGGUUUGGUUAAUGGCCACCGCAAAUUAUCAGACCUACAUGAAGUGCCAGAUGAAGCAACCCCCUCUUGAGAUUCAGUGGGCUCUUCAAGCUGUUUCUGUUCCAUCAGGUGGACUUGGUUUAAGUCUCAAUGCUACAAGUGGCCAUGAUACAACGAUAACCUUCUCUCAGAACCCAUCUCAAGUGCUGGAGAAAAAACCAUUCACCGCCAAGGAAGAACAGGAUGUCCUGAAUUGCUGUGCAGAAUGCACUUCCAACUAUGAAAAAGAAAUUGGAUUGUUUCGGCCUGGCUACCACAAACAUUCUUCAUUCUAUGUAAGCUCUUGUGACACCAAGGACAUGGACAAAGGGUCAACCCAAUUGCCUUACUGGCUACAAUCACAGGGCAUGGAAGCACAUCAAAAGGAUGAUGUGGCUGAGUUGAGGAAAAAAUGGAACAGACAAUGCCACAGCCUCCACCAAGGUAGACAUAAUCAGAACCAAAUGAGUUCUCCUUUGCUCAACAAUCAGGGCUCAACUGGAAAGAACUACUCCUACACCUCAUCAUAUCCAUGGUGGCCUAAUCAGAACAUCAUUUCACCCGACACGAAUUCGAUUUCAUUUGCUGAUUCAACUUUGAAGCAUAACCAAAGCUCUAGUUCUAUGCCUCGGUUCAGACGACAACAGUCAUGUCACAUUGAAUUCAGUUUCAGUAAUGAGAACCACAAACAUCAACCAGCAGAACCAAAUUUGGAUUCCUUGAAGAGCAGAGAAGGCAAGGAAGUAAAGAUCACCCUUGCUCUUGGACAUUCUAUGUUCUCGGAUACUGGAAAUUUGGCAGAACAUAGAAGUGACAAACCAUCCCAACUUCAAAAAAUUAGCAAACUGCUACUAGAGAAUGUACCCUGGCAAUCUGAAACCAUUCCCUCUAUAGUGGAAACUUUAAUUGAUUCAAAUUCAACUGAGAAAGAGACUUGGUUACUGUUACUGGGGAACGACUUGGUAGCAAAAAGAAGAUUGGCUCGAUCAAUUGCAGAAUCAGUGUUUGGAUCUGCGGAUUCGGUCAUAUCCAUGAACAUGAAAAGUAGAGAAAAUAAGAUGAGCUUGUGUACUGAAAUUCUCGAAAGGGCCUUAAGAAAUCAUGAAAAACUUGUGGUUCUGCUGGAAAAUGUUGAUUCUGCUGAUGCCCAGUUUGUAAAAUUUCUGGCUGAUGGCUUUGAAACCGGAAUAUUUGGAGAAUUGAGCAAGAAAGAGAGAAGUUUUGGCCGCACAAUAUUCAUUUUAUCAAAGAGUGAUUCCACAAGGUAUGAUGAUGACAAGAGAAAUCCAAAUUCUGUGAUCCAGAUGAAAUUGCAGGUCAAUGGAAGAACGCUAAGUUCCGACAAGCGAAAAGCUGAGUGGGAUUUGCUAAACAAGGCCAAGAAUUUGAGAGUCAACGAUAAGGAAGAUGCCUCUUCAAUUGCUGCUGGAAAUGGGAACAUAAGGAAAGACUUCUCAAGGCAAUCAAGCUCAAACACCCUUGAUUUAAACAUGAAAGCGGACGAGGAAGAUGAAACCGAAGAAAAGGUUGGAGAAUUUAGCUCCAUUUCCAGUGACAUGACUCUAGAAACCACAAUUGAUCUCCAGAAUCCACUUGGGUUCCUUGAACUAAUCAAGAACCGCUUCGUUUUCAACCGAGGAUUGACUCAGAAUUCCCAGCUGACAGAGAUGUUUUUGUCCAAGAUCAAAGAGGCCUUUGUGGAAGUGUGUGGGACUGACAAAGUGGAUUGUUUUACAGUGGAAGAGAUGGUGUUGGAUGAGAUUUUUCUUGGGUCUGGUUCAUUUCUCAACAACAUGUUUGAAAAAUGGGUGCAAGAGAUUUUCAAAAAGAGCUUGCAAACGGUCAAAUUUGGCGGGAAGGAGGGUAUGAGUGCUAGGCUCUGUUUGGGAGGGAAAGAAGAGAGUAAUUUGGAGGAUGGUUUUAUGGGUUCAAGCCUUCCCAAGAAAAUUCAAGUUUCCUUCAUGGGUUGAGAAGGGUCUCGUGUAAAAAUCCUUCUACAAAAGGCUAAAAGAUCAAAAUGUCUUGUAACUAAGUACUUGUGUUUUUAAUAGAAUGUUUGGUUUGUUUCCACAGUUUCUAUCUACUUUUUCUCUUCCCUCUCUGCACUGGUUUUGCAAUUUGUUGAGCCACAAAAACUUGAUCAAAUUGGUGUUGUUAGUGAUGGUAUUCAAGUUGUGUCAUGUCAUGUCAUAUGUAUAUUCUAAGUUCGAAUAUUAACAAC